AUGCGCGUUCAAAGCCGUUGGGCGGAAAGGAGUGAAUGGAAGAAAUUUGACUGCACUGUCAUGUUUCAAUCCUUCCUUUUUGUUUUUGUUUUUGUUUUUGUUUUUUAUGUCUGUGUGUGGUGUACAUGUAUGUAUUCUCCCCUGCUGUCUAUCUCUCUCUCUCUCCCUCUCUGCUCAGUGAUAGUGAGGACAAUGACCGACACAAAACGGAUGGCAAAUGCCAAUAGCGGCCUGCCGCAACCCCCCGCCGAAGGUGAUGCCGCGAAGUCCGACCCAUUGGAGGGCAUUCUUGGCACGCAUCCGGAUUGCAAAUAUAUAAAGAAGAAGUUACUGGGCCAGGGCAGUUUUGGCAGCGCGUGGCGUGUGGAGGAACGGGAAACAGGGACGAUCUACGCGGCGAAAGUCAUGGACACCAACAACAUGAGCUCCAAGGAUCGCGGUUUUGUAACAAACGAAGUAAAGUGCCUCUCGCGCUGCAACAAUGCGAACAUCAUACGACAUCACGUUUCUUACGAACGGGGUGGGAUGCUUCUGAUCAUCAUGGAAUACGCUGACGGUGGAGAUCUCUACAAGCAAAUUAAAGCACGACAGCAGUCCACACGGUAUUUUAAGGAGCACGAGGUCCUAUUUAUUUUCCUACAGCUCUGUCUUGCCCUUGACCACAUCCACAUGAACAAGAUGAUGCACAGGGACCUGAAAACAGCCAAUGUCCUUCUUACCACCACAGGGCUGGUGAAGCUGGGCGAUUUUGGUUUCUCCCGGCAGUAUGAGGACUCGCUCUCCAACCCAGUCGGCUCCACAUUCUGCGGCACGCCGUACUACUUGAGCCCGGAGCUCUGGCGCCGCGCACCAUACAGCAAGAAGAGUGAGAUGUGGGCGCUUGGUGUUGUGUUGUAUGAAGUUAUUGUCCUCAAACGCCCCUUUGGCGGCCGUAACAUGGACGAGCUCAUUGACAACAUUCUGCACGCCCGCCGCCAGCCGCUUCCAAAUAUUUACAGUGAAGAUCUACGCAACGUGUGCGACCAGCUGCUCUCGCUUGACCCGAAGUAUCGCCCGUCUCUUCGACAGUUGUUUCAACAGCCGUUUAUCCGCAAAGGGCUUGAGACGCUGCGUCGUAGUGUAUUGAACCACAACCGCAUUCCGCAGAAUGUGCAGAAGGACAUUGCCUGCAACGUGGACGAGGUGCUCAACUCCGACAUUCAAGACUACGAGAGCAGUCGUGUGGUGCCGCGGCGAGGGAUUGUCACCCGGCACACGGCAGAUCGCGGCUGGCAGGAUUGCGAACUUUUGUUGGACGAGGAGGCGGUCGUUAUGCGGGAUGUGGCGACUGGCUCGGAGGAGCGUGUUGAACUGAACGCCCUGACAUCCGUUUGUCCCAUUGACGCCGCGAUUGCGCAUGAAAAGUUUGUCUUUGCGAUGAAAAACCAAACUGGGAAGGCCUUUUGGUUCAAAGAAGUCAACGAGACGUCGUACGAGGAGUGGCUUGUCGCUCUGCAGAACGCCUUGCCAUUUUAA